CAUCACCCAGUCUUCUUCAUCCCCUUCUCUCCCCCUCUGCCAAUUAUACCAUGAACCUGCCUGCUGCUUGUUGCUAAGGGGGAAGCCAACCAGGGGAGCGGAGUGGACCAGGCAUUAUUUUGUUUCUAAGGACCAAGUGAAAAUGGCGGAGGGGUCCAGAGACCAGGGAGGUGUGGGCAUCACCGAUCCAGAGGAGGACUCCCCCAAUAUGAUCGUCUACAGAAAGAUUGAAGACAUCAUUACGCGAAUACAAGAUGAGAAAGCGGGAGGUGUUGCCAUCCGGACUGUCAAAAGCUUCCUCUCCAAGAUCCCCAGCGUGGUAUCAGGGGCGGACAUUGUGCAGUGGCUGAUGAAAAACCUCUCCAUUGAGGAUCCAGCUGAAGCCAUCCACCUUGGGAGUCUGGUCGCUGCCCACGGCUACAUCUUCCCCAUCUCUGACCACGUCCUGACACUUAAGGAUGAUGGAACCCUUUAUCGCUUCCAGUCUCCAUAUUUCUGGCCUUCAAACUGUUGGGAGCCUGAGAACACAGACUAUGCCAUUUACCUGUGCAAGCGCACCAUGCAGAAUAAGGCCAGGCUUGAGUUAGCUGACUAUGAGGCUGAGAACCUCGCCCGGCUGCAGAGGGCUUUCGCCAGGAAGUGGGAAUUUAUCUUCAUGCAAGCUGAGGCUCAAGUCAAGAUCGACAGGAAGAAGGACAAGGCAGAGAGGAAGAUCCUGGACAGCCAGGAGAGGGCAUUCUGGGACGUCCAUCGGCCAGUGCCAGGCUGUGUCAACACCACCGAGAUGGACAUCCGCAAGUGCCGAAGAGAGAGGAACCCACACAGGGUAAAAAAGUCCGUCUACGGGGUACCAGAUGAUGGCCAGAGCCAGCCGAGUCCCAGCCACAUCAGCUCCCAGCCGACCAGGAAGCCCACCAAAGAGGACGUUCAGAAGGAGAUUACCUUCUUGAACACCCAGCUGGACAGACACUGUAUGAAGGUUUCCAAAGUGGCCGACAGUCUGAUGAGCUACACCGAGCAAUUCAUGGAAUAUGACCCGUUCGUGUCGGCCACGGAGCCCUCCAACCCCUGGAUCAGCGACGACACUUCCUUCUGGGACUUGGAGGCAAGUCGUGACCCCGGCCAGCAGCGUGUGAAGAAGUGGGGCUUCUCUCUGGAGGAGGCGCUCAAAGAUCCAGCAGGACGAGACCAGUUCCUGAAGUUUCUGGAGUCAGAGUUCAGUUCAGAGAACCUGCGGUUCUGGUUAGCAGUGCAGGAUCUGAAGCGGCGGCCGCUCCAGGAGGUGGCCUCCAGGGCGCAGGAGAUCUGGCAGGAGUUUCUGGCCGAGGGAGCGCCGAGCUCCAUCAACCUGGACUCCCACAGCUACGAGCGCACCAGCCAGAACCUCAAAGACCCCGGACGAUACAGCUACGAGGACGCUCAGGAGCACAUAUUCAAGCUAAUGAAAAGUGACAGCUAUGCACGCUUUUUGCGAUCCAACAUCUAUCAAGACCUCCUGUUAGCAAGGAAGAAGCAGCCAGCAGACACUGAGCAGGGCCGCCGCACCUCCUUGGAGAAGUUCACCCGCAGUGUGGGCAAGUCAUUGACGGGAAAGCGCCUGACAGGCCUGAUGCAGUCGUCCUGACACAGCCUGUGCCGGAGGGGCACAGCCAGACCCUGCUGGGGGAGCGAGCGCCACGCAUGGGCCGGGGCGGGGCCGCAGACAGCGGAGCUGGGCUGGACAGGGCUGCUGUGGAGGCUCCCAGACGGUGCUCCGAGGACUGCCGCUGCCAUACUGCUAGCGCAGCACUGGGCCUGCCGGGGCGACCGCCCCAAACACGACCACUGAGGGAAAGACAAUGCUGACAAGGGCGACCUUGGCCAACACGACACAUGGCAUGCAGCAUACAGUAUAAGCACAUUCAGACUAGGGCUGCCCUCUUUCCAUCACUUAGUCGUAAAUCGGUUGUUAGGCUCUUUGUCGACUAAGCUGAUCAGUUUCUAUUGAUUUCAUUUUGUUUUAUAUAAAGGUGUGCUGGUUAUUAAAGGCACAUAUCUGGUAUUGCAACAAUAUUCUUUGAUGAAAAACAACACAUGUACAUUUGCCACAACGUUUGCAAUGAAUUGUCCUAAAACAGCAGGGGCCAGUCCUAAGUCAGACAUACUUGCUUGAAUACAAGGUCAAACAGGCACAUCAACACAACACAGACACUAAUCUACAGUAUUUUGCAUAUGUCUAUGUACUCACAAGGCAGCCAGCAAUAAAUAACGCGUGAGACCACUUAUUUCUUUUUUUAGAAAUAUAUCAAACCUCUUUUUAUAUCCUUGAAGUUUAUAUCUGUUCCUUAAAAAGCACAUGACAUGUCGGUUUAAUAGCGAGCAUUUUUUGGCAGUAAUGAAGAGCAGAAAAAGUUGUUUUUUCCCAUAAGUUCUAUUUAAAGACGUCUACAAAACGGAUUUUUGAAGGUAUAGUUUUUCAUGCUUCAUUACAUUCCAAAAUCUGGCAUAAGGGCUUAAUGUAGCACUCACACUGCGCCAUCACGGGUCACACAAAUGUCUUUGUUAAGUAUUAAUGUUUCGUUUCCGCAGCAGUGCUUUGCGAUGAGACUUGUGGCAAAGGUAAAUCUAAUCCAGUUGGCAAAUUGGUUCACUGCUUUCACAACCUCCCAGGCUUCAAGUUCCAAAGUUAUCAGGCUGCACAGUCAAACUCAUCAACUCCAAACGUGUGUGUGAAGCUUCAGCACAAACAGCGGCCCGUGUGGUUGUGUGAAUCCACAGUGAUUUGAGGCUUUACCUAAGUCACAGCUCGAGUGUGUUCAGUCACAUGUGAUAUAGCGUCCACGUGUUUUUUGGGUUCCUACUGUAGUGUAGUUUUAAAUGUUUCCAGUGCCAUGGGUCCAUCUAGUGGUGGUUAAACCACAGGACCGAGCAACAGAGUGUUACAUGACUGUACCGAGCAGUGUUCGCAUCAUAUGGAAGGACAUCAUGAUGUCAAAACUAGUUUUAUUUCAAGGCCUGCAGCCCAAUAUGGGAUCAUUUAUGUUUUGUUGUUUUUUUACUGCAUGAAUAUCUCAUCUUUUGUUUUCUCAAAACAAUGAAAUCUGCCCACUUGUUUUGGCAAAGUGUACGCCGUGACUCUCCAUCUAAUAAUCGUCAUGUGUUUUAACGACUAUGGGGGAAAAGGUGCAUGUUAUUGGACCAUAAUGGAGCGUUAACAUUGGGUGGAAAUGAUUUGACUCUCUGAAGACAGCACACGGAUGGGGGAAAAGCAUUGAAAUGAAGCAACACUCCACAAUGAACAGACAUCAACGCCCUGAAAUGCAACUGACGACAACAUUUGACCCGUGACGGGUGGCGCACACUGAACAUUAAGGCCUCUGUGCUCCACUGUGGCUUCGAACUUCUUCUACAGACAGAAAGUGCAUGGACUGAGGAGAUUUUAGUCUCACAGCUCCCCCAUGAGGCCAGUGACUGCUACAGCUACAAACCGAACUGCUGAGUGAGGCCAUCAUUUGUUAUUUUCUAUUAGAGUCGUUGCCAUGCACUGUACAGGUCAUAUUAAUAAUCAUCAUUAUUAUCAUUAAACCAGUAACCUCUUGACUAUAAGGUAGAGAGAGAUGCUUAACUCGAGUCAAUGUACCAAAUGUUAUUCUCAGCACAAACACAAUGACACUAUGUACAGGGUGCGUUGUCCAUGUAAAUUGGCUACAUUUCAUUAUCCAGAAGCACACUUUAUUAUGAUAUGGGCGCAUUACUAUGCAUGUAACAUAUUCAGGGCAUUUUGUGCUUUUAGUUUCUCAAUCAGCAAGAUAACUACUGGCACUCCCAAACA